AUGCAGUGGAAGUCUUCAGUGUCUGCAGCUCUGUUCGUUACAUUUACGUUAGUUCCUUUUGUUGUGCCCGAAGAAUUUUUCCACAUGAGAAAUAGACAGGAUAAUAUGAAGUACAGGUCAAUGGAAGACAAAAACAUAGUUACCUCAACAGAAAAGGCAGAGGAAGUCCUGAAGCGAUACGGGUAUCUUCGCUGUGGUUCUGGCAGACGGCGGAACCAUCCCACGCGGCAUAAAGAAGGAAGACACGGAAGAGGUCGAUGUGGCCCUGAGGAAAUUCGGCAGGCAGUCAAGAGGUACCAGAACACAUACAAUAUUCCAGUGACGGGCAGUCUUGAUGAAGCCACACUCAAGACCAUGAGUGAAUCUCGGUGUGGAAAUCCUGACAAUGAGAGUCGAGCCUCAGCUUUUAAACCGAUGAUCAGGCCAAAGAAGAGAGUUGGGAAACGAAGCCACAACUACCAACAAUUUUCAAGACACAAAAGAGAAGCAAGCUUAAAUAAUGAUGCCAUUGAAAACGGAUUUUUUUCUUUGUAUAACUUAAAUCCAAAAGAAGAACCUGAGAGAAAAUUCAUAAACGAAAUACUUCAUAAAGUAACUGUCGAUUAUAAACAUCUGAAAUCCGAAGAAAGGAUAUUGACAGAGUUUUCAAAGCCCACCUCGAAGUUUUUCGUCCAUAAUCCUGAAACUGAAAAAGAUAACCUGGAAAAUCAAAAAAUAACUUUUGAAAGUGCUGUACCAAUUUACGAAUUCGUGCUUGGAGAACGGAGGCCAUCAGUAGAAGAACCUCUUCCGCCGGGAACAUCAAUCACUAGGAGAAAAAGAUGGCUGGAGAGAUAUUUGCAAGAGUUAGAAAGCGGGGAGCUCGACCGAAAAUUAUUGGAAAACCAUGAAGAAACUCAGAAGAGAAGAAGAAAACGCUCCCUGGCAACUGGCGUUGAAGGCCAAUCUUUUACGAAUGAAGUGGUAACAUGGAGACUGGUUGGCUCAGCUUACAGCAACCAACUUACAAUCAAUACCCAAAGAACUGCUUUAGCUUUAGCCUUUCGAAUGUGGGGCGAAGUUAUACCACUAGUAUUUCAAGAAGAUAUUCGUUCUCCAGUUGAUGAUGUGGAUGUACUAAUUGCUUUUGGAAGAGGAGAGCAUCUGAACUGUCCGAACCACUUCGACGGCUACGGCGGACAGCUGUCACAUGCCAUCAAGAUGGCCGCGAAUGCUGAAAUCCAUAUCGAUGACGACGAGCAUCUGACGGUCGGUUCCGAUCAGGGUACCAAUCUCGUAAAAGUAGCGGUACAUGAAGUUGGACAUGCACUUGGUCUGUUUCACACUUCUAGGAACUAUUCGAUCAUGUUUGCCAUAUACUCGAAGGUUAUUCCAAAUAACAAUUUCGAAUUGGGAUGGGAAGAUCGGAAACUAGUGCAAAAUGUUUAUGGAAUUUGUCAAGUCAGAUUUGAUACCAUAUUUGACUGGAUUCGACGAAGGCCAGAUGGACAGUUCAUAUACAAUACAUACUUCUUCAGAGAGAAUCGCUACUGGAUGUACGAAAACAGGUACAACCGUACUCGGUACGGAGAUCCAUUAUACAUUACCCCAGAAUGGAAAGGAAUUCCUGAUAGGGUGGAUGGAUUUGCUCAUGUCUGGAAAUACAACAAAGAUGCUGCCUAUUUCUUCAAAGGUCAACACUUUUGGUUGUAUAACAGUGCUGAAGAUAGAGUGGCCGACGGAUAUCCGAAAAACAUAUCAUCCGAAUUCCGAGCUAUACCAGGAACAGAUUUCCAAAAUAUACCAGGAAACCUGGACUCCGUCUUUUUUGACAAAAGGGAUGGAAAUCUGUACUUCUUCAAAGCAAACAUGGUAUAUGCGUAUGAUGUUUCAAAAGGAACUGAAGGAUGUUGCCUGCCAGGUUACCCAAAAUAUAUACAUCAAGAAUUCCCAAGUAUCAACAAAGAAUCAUCUUUACCAAACCAUCUGGAUGCUGUAUACUAUUCCUAUACAGACCGAUCCAUGUAUUUUCUGAAAGGGAUACAUUAUUGGCAAAAUGUUGCAUUUAAUCCACUGGACCGUAGGCGGAUCAACAAAGUAAAAGGACCGUGGUUGAUCUCGUCGAAAUGGUACGACAUUUGCGACGUAGUAUAAAUUCGUUUCUUGUCAAUUGCUGCAAAUAUUGCUACUUUAAAUUUUUUUCGGAAUAUUUACUAAAAAACAUCAAAGCAGCAUUCGAAGCUUCAUUAUUGUUGUAGUUGCUUAAUUAUUUUCCAACUGAGUCAUUCCUGCUCAAAUUUCCA